AGAAUCAAAAUCAAGAUUUCAGAUUCAAUGGUUGGUAUAUUUUCAAGAUUCUCUGUUGGUAGAAGCAGCCAUCGACGAACCCAAAGUGCAAUCGAUGAUAAGGAAGUAUUGGCUCCAAAUUCUGAUGUUGUUGCAGCAACUACCACAACUGCAACUUCUGCUACUCAUGGGAUUGAAGUAGCUACAGAGUUUAAACCGGUGGAACACCCCGUCGAGCCUUUGGAUAACGACUUACCGAUUCAGUGUCCAUUGCCAGAACCAUCCAUUCUUAAUGAUGGAAGAAUCUGGAAGGAGAGAGUAUCCGCGUCUAUUAGGAGAAAAGGUGAUUUGCUAACUCCGAAAGAUGAGGCUGCUUCUGAGUCUGAUGGAUCCGCACCAAAACCGCCACGCCCGCCUCUGCCAAACCGUUCGAUCUUGCCAUCACUUAGUGCCCCUGAACACAACUUGCUAAAUCUACUAGAAGAAUGCAGCACGAUGCCGCCGGUAACAUCUAAGAAUGGAUGAACAAAGUUCCUUAAACUCGAUAUAGUUUAUAAGAUAUUAUCACACCGAUACAAGCUUGUUCCUCAAAACCACUCUUGAAUCUCUGUUUUUCGUUGUUUACGAUUUUACGUAUGUGUGUGCCAGAACAAAACCAAAUCAUAGUG